UCGAGUUCCCUCUUCUGCUUCAUUAUCACAAUGCUUCAUUAUGCCUGACUGAUUUGGUUAUUGAUUAUGUUUGUUAGUGGAACAUUUCAAAUUUUACACCAAUCACACAUUUUUCGUUAACUGUCUACUAAAAUUGUUGUGUUCGCCACAAUAUAUACGGAGUACUACAUUAUUUCUAAGUUGUUUAGUCCUUGAAAAUAUUUUCGGAGACCAAGUCUAUCUUUACACAUCCAUAUUUUAACUCUACAUCUAAUCCAUGAACCCAUUAGCAAGAUACAUGUAAUUGUCUUGUGGGUCUAGGGUAGACGCAAAAUUUCUACCCGUCAUUGAUACGGGGUAACUCUUUGGACAUUAUAUAUACACGCGUAUCGCACAAUGAAUUUUCUAUCUUUUCAGCUCAUGUUUGUUAGUCUAAUUUCUCAAAAGAUUAGCAAACAUCCUUACAUUAUUCAAAUUAGAAUCUUUGAUUAUUCCAAGUCAAGGUCAAAACUUUGCAUGUAAUGUUCAUUGCUUGGCUGGCAUUUUGGAAGGUUGUUUACUUGUUUUCUUGCCUUGUCCCAUUUUUGCUUGACUUGCUUGACUUCCCCAAAAAAUAUAUAUUCUAUAUGUUGCAGGGCCGUCUCCGGCUAUAUGGGAGCCCUGCUCUAAGUAUAAAUAUUAGGCCCCUAUAAAAUUUAUAGAAGACAAUUACUCCCUCCGUCCCGGAAUACUUGACCUGUUUUCCUUAUCGGGCCGUCCCUUAAUACUUGACCUGUUUCUAAAAAUGGAAAUAUUCUAACAAUAUUAUAUUAUUUCUCACUCCACCCCUAUUAACCCACCUACCCCCUACUCCAUACAAAAAAUAAUUAAAAAUUCAACCCCUACUCUCCCCCAACCCCACCCCUUCACACAUUUCCCACUAACUACAUUAAAAUAAUACCCCACUAUCAAUUACUACCUAUUAAAUUAAAUAAGUCAAUUCAAGUCCCUUAAACUCUGUGCCGGUCAAACCGGGUCGAGUAUUCCGGGACGGAGGGAGUAUUACGGAGUAAAUGUAAAGCACAUUAUUAAGAUUGUUUAUACAAAGUAUAAAACCAAAAUACUAAAGAUAUUUAAGAUUUUAAGUGGGUUGUUUGAGAAAAUGAAUUAAACAUGGGUGAUUUUUUCAUUAUUGCCAAAAAUAUAAAGGAAGUAGUUCAUUCGAUUAUAGUGAAAAGGAGAGAGGUACAUAGUAAUUGAGAUUUAAAAACAUUAACUACGAAGUAUUGGAAAUCAAAAUCAUGAAAAUUGGUGAGAGAAAUUGUUAAUGUUUGACUAAAAUGCAAAGAGUCACAGUAAUAAUAAUCAUUAAUGAUUAUGAUUACUGUUACUCUUUGCAUUAACAGUCUAAGGCGCCAUGAGGCCCAUGACGUUGAAUGUUCAAAUUAACAAGGGUUGAAGAAGACAAUGCAUGCAACUUGGUGAUGGUGACUUGGUGAGAUGGUCCAAACAGUAGUCUAAACAUGUUAUUGAAGACUCCAUUGUUCUACCGUUCUUCUACCCCUAGCCGUGCUUCAUACGGAGAAACUCUUCGGCCAUAAGUUUUAAAAAGUUGUAUGGUCUAUGAAGAAUAGGAGAUAUAUUAUUUCGACUUGCUUAAAUGGUCUUGAGUUGAUAACCUUGAAUAUGCCUAGACAACAAUUAAGCAUCCAUUAAACUUAUCAAAUGACAUCAUAAAAGAGACAUUAAUCAUUAUAUUGACUUGGAAAGAAACCAUUGCUUAUUUUUUCCUAUGUGGUCCGUCUACUUCAUUAGAGCUUGUUUAUUGAGGCUAUUGGAAAGUUGUAAUUGCAGUUUUUUUUUUUUUUUUUUUUUUGACAUUGGAUAAACUUGCAUUAGAAAUAAAAACAUAUUACAACCUAGCACUUAAAACUAUAAGUGCACUACCCCAAACAUCAACCCCAGCUUUAAUUAACCUUGUCCCUUGUUCUCGGAGAAAUAUUGGCCCUUCCGUACCCUUUAAUCAAUUCCGUGGCAAGCAGAAUCUUUAGGAGAAUUUACAUGAAAUCCAAUUGGAACAUCAAAAAAACGUGUAAUCUUCAUCUUCCGAGGGUGUACCUCUUGUUCCCGAACCCCUUUGCACAUAAGACGUAGCUGGAAAAAAAACUUGUAAUUGUGGAUAAUAUUGCUUCUUCAUAUAUAUGUUUCUUUGUUUUAUUAUAUUUCAAACAAAGUUCGUUCAAUAGAAAAAAAUCUCACAGUAUUAAGUUGUCGUUUGUUCGAGUAUAGGAAGUAUUAUUCUCAAGAAAUUUGUUUUUCAAUUUCUAUGAGAAGUACAAAAUGUUGCUUUGUUGAGUAUACAGGAAAUAAGUAUUUCAUAAGACCUUCCAGAAAACCUUGUGUUUACUAUGUUACUAUGUACUUAGUUUAUGUAUGUGACUAUGUUAGUUGACAUAAAUUGAAGAAAUAUAGGAUAACUGACCAAUUUAUAAGACCAGUUGGCUGCCUCUUAUAUAUGAGAUUAUAUAUAGAGUAUAUAGCAUUGGAUAUACGUUUAUGCAUAGCCAAUUGUUGGUACAAAAACUACGUAUAUAAACGUUGCAUCUAUUUCAGAACAAUAAAAUAUAUGAGCGGGUAGCUAACGUUGGUACAAAAAUUACGUAAUCAGCUACUCCGUACUACGUAUCAAGAUAUUGUAGCUCUUUUGAGCAGGUAGGUGAAGGAAAAAAAAAUGUAGAAAAGGUAAAAUAAAUAAAAUUGUAUAAUUAAUUUUCUUUUUUUACAGGGAGCUAAAAAUUAUUGUAGCCUACCAAUUCGAACCAUUGUAACUUAAAAGCACUAUAGCUAAAAAUUUGAUGUGGCAAAUUCAGCUACACCAUCGUUUAGCUAAUCACUGGAGUUGAUCUAACAUACUACCGUUAGGAAACUAUCCUAAUAUAGUAAUAUCAAACACUUGCCUAAAUAUUAUCUUAUCAAAACAAUUCUAAAUACUCCGUAAUAUGAUAGAUGGCCAACUUAUAAGAGGUACCACGAAAAAGAUUUAUUAGGCAUAUAAAAAAUGAAAAAUGGUUCUUUCUACCCCCACCCCCACGGUGAGAGUGAGAAGUUGUCUAUAAAGUCUUAUUAGGAGCUGUAUAAUUUUUCAUCACAAAAAAACCCUCUCCCGCAAAAAUGGGGAAAUUACAAAUCUAUUAUUUGCUAUCUAUUAUUCUCCUUUUUGUUUUAUGUAUUGAAAAUAUGAAGUUGUGUAGUUGUGGCAUGUACUCCAACAGCAGUCAUUUGCUGAAGUUGGGGUGUAAGCCUGCUGAAAGGAAGGCACUGCUCGACUUCAAGAGCAGUGUUACCUUCCUUGACAAACUUGUUUCGUCUUCUUGGGAAGGCGAGGAUUGUUGCAGCUGGAGUAGGGUUAAGUGUAAUCCUACUACCGGCCACAUCGUUGAACUCCGUCUCAAUGGUGGUAACUAUUCGUACUUGUUUGAAGCUAGAAAGAUGGAGUCGUCUUUGGUAUAUUUGUUGGAGUUGAAUCAUCUUGAGUAUCUGGAUGUAAGCGCCAACAACUUCAAUUCCGCCCACGACUAUUUCGUCAAUGACUUCAACUUGAGCAAGAUCCCGAAAUUCAUGGGCUCAAUGAAGCAACUGAGGUAUCUCAACCUCUCAUAUAAUGCCUUUUUCUGGAAAAGUUCCUGAUGAACUUGGCCAGCUUCUAGAACAUUUAUACCAUGACAUGCCUAACUUGAGUACACUCGUCCUAUCCCGUAACCUGAUAAAUGGUUCAAUUCCAGAGUCUAUGUGCCAUUUUACAUCCUUGCAAAUUCUAGAUCUUCACAAGAAUAGGCUAUCAGGGACAAUUCCACAUUGUUUGGGUGAAUCUUCGGAACUUGAAUUUGUACAUCUCGCCUUCAACAAUCUCUCAGGGGAUAUCCCUUGCUUCAGACUCACACAUGUUGAGAAUGAGUGGAGUUCUUCAUAUCUCUCUUUUGUGAGUUUAAAUGACAAUAUGUUGAGUGGACAAAUUCCUUCUUGCUUAGCUAACCUCUCAACACUUGAAGUUUUGGAUGUUGGUGAAAAUAAACUCUCAGGUGAGAUACCAAUGUUCAUUACUGGACUAAAUCUUCCAGUCUUGCGAAUACUUCGGCUGAGAAAUAAUAAACUCGAAGGCAGUAUCCCCGAGCAGUUGUGCUCAUUGUCUAACCUUCAAAUCUUGGACCUUGGCCUUAAUUAUUUAGGUGGAACCAUCCCUUCCUGUCUAGCCAACAUGACGGCAAUGAAUUCCUUUGUUGAUUAUGACUCAAUUUUUUAUGCUGACAUGAACCAAGUCAACGAGGUUAUCAAAGGAAUUGAGCGAGCGUAUACAACCACCCUAAAGUAUAUGGUGAACGUUGACCUUUCAUGCAACAACCUAAUCGGCAGCAUUCCGGAAGGGAUCACAAAUCUCACUUAUUUGCGUAACCUUAAUCUAUCUUACAAUCACUUAUCAGGACAAAUUCCCAUGAGCAUAGGUUGUCUGAAAUCCUUGGAAUCUCUUGAUUUAUCAAGGAAUAAACUCCAGGGCACAAUCCCAAUAAGCAUGGGUGCAAUAUUUUCCUUGGAAUCCCUUGACUUGUCCUACAACAAUCUUUCUGGUCAAAUCCCAACCGGAAACCAGUUGCAAACCCUCAAUGACCCUUUGAGUUACGCAGGCAAUCCAUAUCUUUGCGGAGACCCACUUGCCAAGAAAUGCAAAAGCGAUAAUGACUCACCAAAUGGUUCAUCGGGAGACCAAAACAACGAAGAUGAAGUAAGUGAGGACAAGCAUGAGACAAUGUGGUUCUACCUGGUUGUGAUGUCAGGAUUUGCUACCGGGUUUUGGUGUGUUGUUGGGACUCUGUUCUUGAAAAAGAGUUGGAGGCAUGCUUUUUUUAGGCGUGUUGAAUUUGUCCAGGAUUGGUUGUAUGUGGCCGUUGUUGUUCGAGUUCCUAAGCUUAUGAGACGCUUCAUAUGAUAAUUCCGGUGAAUGUGGCCGUUGUUCAGGGUGUAUGUGUAAUUGUGUAAAGAUGGUUAAAUUCAGUAAGGUCUUUCUCCAACUUGGUUUUGUUUUCGUAAUGUGUCUACACCAAGUAUGGUAUGUCUGUAAUUUCUUUUUGCCUUCUAUUAAAUAAAAUUACUACUGGGCUGCAGCACCCCAAGUGAAUUAUUUGCUGCCAUUUUUGUUUUUGUCAACAGAUAUUAUAAGUUGUAACUUAAUUUUCUACUCUUGAAUGAAAUAAUCAAACAUAGAUAAUGAUU